AUGUCGCAGCAGGUUUCGUUUAUUGUCGCCUUUGCCUCGGUGUUCGGAGCAGCGGAAGCUAUCAGGCAGACGCAAGCCAGGGCGCGGAGGCAGGAGCAUCGCAGCCGGAAGAACAAUCUUGUCGUCCAUUGCACAAAGUCUUCACGGUUCAGUCCCUUGCUCGAGGGAAAACAUGUGAUCCUCUCAGGGAACAAGCUCUAUGUCGACACAGGAACAGAAUACGACGUCCCUUUCGGGCAUCGUUUUGCGGGAUAUUUCCUCCCAUUCCCAGAAACCCAACAUGAAGGUCUUGUCUCUACAAUCAUGGACGAUCCUCCUAUAAUGAACUGGAUAUAUAUAGAUCGCCAGACCUACGAGGUCAAGUUUGGUACAAGAGACUGCGCCGAGCCAAACUUCAAAGCCCCUUUCGACUGCACACGGCAAGACCGAAGACUAACACUGGGUGGAUGGGAGGGUUUCUGCGCCGUCCAAGAGGGACAUUUCUGGGCCUUGUACUUCGACGUUGAGAAUAACCGUCUACUGUCAAAAGUCCCAGAGGGCACUCCUUUACUAGAGAUUGAGCUGCAGCGGAUCGAGAUGAGGGUUGCGAAACCGUUGAUGCCCGAGAGCGAGGCGAAUGGGGAUUGUGAAAAGGCAGGCGACGAGCUGGAAACACCCCUCAAGUCCGUGAGCCUGGAGUCACCAGAAGUUGAUUGA